GACAACAGCGCUCCAAUCUGUACAAGUGUUGACAUUUAGAGAAAAAUAUCACACAAAGAAAUACGCAAAAGUGAAAAUAUUUUGUUGGAAAAAAUUUCCCAUUUUGCCGUGAAAAUCCAAAUCAUUCCAAGUUAUUUGCAGCCGCAGCCAGUGCUCGAGUGUUACGCGAUUGAUUUGAAACAACCAGAGAAAAUGUCUAAUUACGAUAAAUUCUCAGAUUCUGAACAUUUAUAGCUGUGCUAUUUAUUCCGUGCCCUCCAUUUGUGCGCUCUUUUACCGUUUUGCGGUGCAUUUUUGCCCCCUUCCGUCGAAGGCUCGUCGCCCCCCAAAACAUCAAGGACUUUUUCUUCGCAAAAUCUGCGAGAACUCUGUGAAGGUCAAGGACAUUGGUGUGUGUUUCGUGUGUGUGUGAAGGACUCUCUUGAGAAGCGCCCCCCUGCAAGAGUACUGUGAAGGAGGGAAAGAGAGAAAGAUUAAUUUGGGUGUUGGGACUUUGUGUGCUCGGUGUUGUGCUGUAAUGAGCCCCAAAUUGACCAAAUUGCGAGAGAAUAAGCGCCAGAACGACAAUUUUAUUCACAUAGCAUCGAUUAGGAAGAGACUUUGCAUACAUCCGGCCACGAUGUUUAGAAAUUUGCCCACAAUCCCCCAACCAGGAGUUGCCGCCAGCCUGCCGAAGAAGCAAUUUCUGCCCUCGAGUGCGAGAUUCCCGGUUUGCUAUUAAAUCAACAAGAGAAAACCACUCCUUAACGGCGAUAUAUUGACUCCUUUGCUACCAAAAGAAAAGGGUGUCCUUAUAUUAGAGGUUUAGUGGUUUUUAAAGUGUGUCCGUUGAAAAAAUAUUGCAUCGUUAACGAGUUUGCGAAAAAGGUCGUAUUGUUCAAAGAAAAUAAAAAAAUAAAUCACAAAAAAGCAAAAAUAAAAGAAAAAGCUCAUUAAAUUCACUGCAAAAGCUCAAAAGAAAAAAGGGAAAGUCAGAAGGGCAGAAAAGAUGAAGUUGCUGGAGAGUUCACGCUUCGAGGCGAUCAACAAUGCGCUGUCCAUCAAGAAGGGUGACAGCACCAUUGUGGGGCGCAUUGAGAGCUACUCGUGCAAAAUGGUGAGUGCCGAUAAGGCACUCUACAAGCGCUUCACGUCCGAGCAGGCUGAUCUGCAGGCAUUGUCGCCCCCGCAGACACUCAUGGAUCUCUCGCCGGCCUUCAGUCGUGGCGGCGGUAGCAUGUCCGGCGAUGAGGGGGUCAUUCUCUGCGACACAAUCUCGCGGAAGACCCUCUUCUACCUCAUUGCCACCCUCAAUGCUGCUUUUGAGCCCGACUAUGAUUUCUCCGACGCUAAGAGCCAUGAAUUCAGCAAGGAGCCAUCCCUACAGUGGGUAAUGAAUUCCGUGGAGGCCAAUUUGUCGGCCGUAGCUGGUGAGCAAUAUCACGGUCUCCGUUCGGCUCUCUGGUCCGCCGUGGACGAUGAGAUCAGCCUAAUGGAUUGCGAUAUCUACAGCUACAAUCCGGAUUUGAAUUCUGACCCAUACGGGGAGCCCGGAUGUCUCUGGUCCUUUAACUAUUUCUUCUACAACAAGAAGCUCAAGCGCAUUGUUUUCUUCACAUGCCGUGCAAUGAAUGAAUUCUGCGUUAGGGAGUCUGGGACUUCAAGUGACAUCGCAAUGGAGGAUGAUGAUUACUACUAAAAAUGAAGAAAGGAAUCAUCGUGACGUGAUGGAAUUUGUUUAUUUUUUUUUCUGCAACUUAACAAUUUUUAACACAUUUUUCUUUCCUUUAAAAUUUCUCUCCUCGUGAGAAUUUCUUUUUCUAUAAUAGUUCUUAAGAUUUCCCACAAUUGCAAAAUUGAGGAUAAAUUGUCCUCCAGAAGUUUUUUUCUUUACAAUGUGAAUGUGAAUUAAUUUGAACAAUAUAAUCUUCUUCCCU